AUGGGAAUUCCUUCAGAACUGAGGGACAUGUGGGUGGCCAAUAAAACAAGAAGUUUGUUGAUUGCUUCUCCUGCAGAAGAACAGAAGAUGUUAAGGACUAAUCAAUGUACAUCUGAAGGUGUGCGUGCUGGAUUCAAGGCAGCUGGUAUAGGAUGUGUGGCCAGUACUGUGCCUACAAUGGUUGCAGUUCGUAUGAUUCCAUGGGCAAAGGCAAAUCUAAAUUAUACUGCUCAAGCACUUAUCAUAUCUGCAGUAUCAUGUGCAUCAUUCUUUGUUGUUGCUGACAAAACUAUACUGGCGUGUGCAAGAAAACAGUCCCUUCUGCUAGAAGAGUCUCUCAAACAAGAAAGAUGA